AUGGCUCGCUCCUCUGUGGUCCAGGAGUAUGGAGCGCCCUCGACCCCGACGCUGAGCGUCGACCAAAAGGUCGCGCUCGACCGCCACAGCUACCAGGUGCCACGGCCACAAGGCUAUCGCGUAUCAUGGCACGCCAACCCAGCCGUGGAGCUGCACCACUUCGGCCAGUCGCACCCGAUGAAGCCCUGGCGGCUGACCCUCACGAAGCAGCUGGUGAUGGCAUACGGGAUGCACCAUGCGAUGGACCUGUACAUGGCGCGCGCGGCAACAUCAGAAGAGAUGGCCGAGUUCCACGACGCAGACUACAUUGAGUUCUUGCGGCAGGUGAUGCCCGGCGACGUAGAUCGGCCCGAGCAGAGCGAUAACGUGGUGCGGUUUAAUUUUGGCGACGACUGCCCCGUCUUCGACGGGCUGUACAAUUACUGCUCGCUGUACGCGGGCGGGACCGUGGAUGCCGCGCGCAAGCUGUGCAAUAACCAGUCCGAGAUUGCAAUCAACUGGUCCGGCGGCCUGCACCACGCCAAGAAAUCCGAGGCCAGCGGGUUCUGCUACGUCAACGACAUCGUCCUGGGCGUCCUGCAGCUGCUGCGUCACCACCCGCGCGUGAUGUACAUCGACAUCGACGUGCACCACGGCGACGGCGUCGAGCAGGCUUUCUGGUCAACGGACCGCGUGUUGACGGUUUCGUUCCACAAAUACGACAAGGACAACUUCUUCCCCGGCACGGGCGCCCUCGAAGACACAGGCCCCUCGCACCCGCUGAACCCAGGCGCACACCACUCCAUCAACGUCCCCCUCAACGACGGCAUCGACGACGAGUCCUACAUCCAGCUCUACCACGACGUCAUCGGCGCCUGCGUGGAAACCUACCGCCCCGGUGCCAUCGUCCUCCAAUGUGGCGCCGACAGUCUCGGCUGCGACCGGCUAGGCUGUUUCAACCUCAAUGUGCGCGCUCACGGCGCCUGCGUUGCCUUCACCAAGACCUUCGGGCUACCUCUCCUCGUGGUAGGAGGGGGUGGAUACACACCACGCAAUGUCUCCCGCGCCUGGGCGCACGAAACCUCCAUCCUCAUCGACGCAGACCAGAACCUCGACCCCACGAUCCCGGAAACCGUCGCAUUCCGCAACCACUUCGGCCCAGACUACUCGCUCUUCCCCCCGCUGUCGGAGCUGCGCAAACUCGAGAACAAGAACCCACGGCCCUACCUCCAGAGCCUGGUCGAGGCCGUCCACGAGCAGCUCCGCUAUAUCCAGGGUGCACCCAGCGUGCAGAUGGGGUUUAUUCCGCCGGAUAUCUUGGGCCUGCGCGAGGAUACCGAGAAGGAGAUCGAGGAGCAAACGGCUGCUAUGGAAGAGGAGCGCGAGGAACGAGAUGGCGGUGGCUCUGCUGCUAUAGCUGCUGAUGUGGCUGCGGCUAAUUUGCAGGGUAUGGAUAUGGGCUCAGCUGGUGCUAUUCCCCGUAUGAAUCGUCGGCGGGAGCUGGAGCGCGGAGCUGGCUACAGGGGCGAGCUGUAUUCAUAA